UGAGCCGCACCACCGUGUGGGGAGUAGUGUCAGGCAGAGGCUUCCUGGAUAUCGCAGCUGGCGGGCCGUCGAAGGCUCGUGGCACGGCUGGUUCAGGCAGACGCAUCGACGCGGGUGCCCAUUUGGGCAGACGCCCUAGGGUGUCGUGGCACUCUAAGGGGUGGAGCUUCAUAGGUGAGAACUGAUUGGCUACAGAAGGGACUGCUUGGUGGGAACCAAUCACAGGUCAGGAGGCAUUACCAGUGGUCCGUGUGGACAGUUGCUCUGGGCAUCCGGAAUUGCAUUGUGGAGUAAAGGGGUGAAGCAUUGUGAGAGAGCGCUUUGUCCUUCAGUGAUGCCUUGAGAGGGUGGGCGGAUUCAAAGUUGGGUCUCAGGUGGCUGGUGGAGGCCCCGUGAGGGCAGCAGACGAAGGCACGGGUGCCGUGGGCGUGGUGGUGGGCGCAGCAGGUGGUGGCCAGUGUGUGCCAGGUGGACCUCGUGGUGUCAGUGGCCCCAGAGUCCCUGGUGGUUCGGGUGGUGCCUGUGACCCUGGCCAUCCCAGCAACCCCGGAGGCCUGAGCGAUCCGGAAAGAACCAGCAUUGUGGGAGAGGUAGGUGCCGCCUCUGGUGGCGCUCUCCAAAUGGAGCGGGCACCCUACACACCAGGUCCUGGUGGAGAUGCCGCGCCUGGCGCUAGAGGUCCUGGUAACCGACUGCUUCAGUUCACCCUCACUAUACCUUUCCCCUCGGCCAUGGAUGCGGAGAUUGCCCACAGGUUCCUGACUCCAAACGAGGAGCUCCAGGAGCCAGUUCGGGAGGAGCUCCAUGUGAACGGCAGCAUCCUGACUGUCCGCUUGACUGCCGAUGACCCUGGCCAGCUCCAAAUGUCCAUCACCUCCUGUCUUGGCCAGCUUUCCCUAGUGAUACGGGCCAUGCAGAUCAUCAUGCCCCCCUUUUUCACAAAGCCGCAGCAGUGAAAAGGUGGCUGGACCCAACUCUGUGUCCCCCCCACAUGACAGUGAUUCCUGCAGCAGCUGCCGUUUUCUUACUGAGGCCGCAUCUUUUGCCUAUACUGGCCCUUGGGUGCUUCAGAUCCACAUUUUUUUUUUUUUUUUUUUUUUUUUUUGG